CCACCUGUAAAUACCGCAGAAUACCAUUUAGAAAAAAAAAGGAUUCAAAAUAAAAACCAAAUUAAAUUUUUUAACACGAGUAGAGAAAUGCGCACGUAACUGCUUAUUUUCGUAACAACUUUGUAUUGUUUUGCCAGACAAUUGGAAAGCAAAGUGAAGUUGUUAGCUGACAUAAUUGUUUCAGACAAUAAUUGAUUGGAGAUCGACACCAAAAAAAAAGGAAAGAGAAAGCGAUUAAAUGAAUGCAACAUUUGAAUAAACAAUGCCAACGAAAAACAUAUACAACAAAGCAAAUUGCCUGAAUCAAAACAAAAAAAAAGAAAAACAAACAACAUAACCCGGGAAAUCCAAAUGUAAAAUAUAUUCAAACUAUGUAUUGGUUAAUUAUGACACAACACAACACAACCUGUUGUCGUUUUAUAUAGCAAAAAAACCAGAAGAGCAAAAUACGUGACAUUGAAUAAGUCAAGCAUGUUUCAUACACAUUUUCUUCUUGCAUUUUCACGAUUGUGUCACGACGAACAGUGACAUUUGCAGUGAGAGAGAACCACACAAUCAGCAUAGUAACAUCACUCAUACAUACAUACAUGCAGGUCAAAUUGAAUAAAACAAAUGAAUCAAUAAAAUAUACAACAGUCGUAUCUAUUUAUUUACAAAUGCCGCAAUUAAUUAUAAGGCAAGCGAUAGGGAAUUCAUAUGUAUAUAUACAUAAGCUCAAACGAAAAAAAUCAAAGAAAUUAAAAUAUGCAUAGAUCUGGCCAUCGGAGUCUUUAUCCAAGGAUCAAAAAUAUUGUUCCGAUUACAGGAAGCCAGAUCGCACGGCCAGAUCGACCGAUAUGUGUAAAUGACUGAGACAAUAUCCUUGAUCCUCGAAAAGGACUUUGUCAAAUCAAGGUUUUCCGAUCACAAGGAAGCCGUUUGGGGCAUCUGCGAUGGCGUCUGGUUGGUUGUUGUCAAUGGCCAUACGCGUAUCAAAAUAUCCGAUCGAUGGAAAAUUAGCAAGCUCAGUGUGAGCACGUUCGCCGAGGUGUCAGGUGUCAGCCUGGUCAUGCCGGAAUGGGAAUCGGAAUCGGGUGGCAGUUCAAGUCGACGCAAGUCAUCCGUUGCCGUGGACAUCGUGGAGCAGAUCCAUGGCAGCUUCGGACGCUGGCAGUUGCGCACCAUACUCCUGAUAUUUCUGUGCAAGAUUCCGAGUGCCUGGUUCAUGGCCUGCAUUAUCUACACGGCGCCGUACCCCUGGAAAGGCGAGCUUGUGUGUCGUCCGUCCGACUGGAAUGCCAGCGAACCGCUGCCCGCAGACGAAAGUCGCAUCAACAAUCUGUGGCAGGAGGAACGCAGCACAGAUCGACUGUUCAAUGUGGAUGUGUGCAAUGCCUAUGCCCAGACGCUAGCCCGUGGGUUUGUGAGUCGCCACGGGCAGGAGUGGAAUGCCAGUGCCCCGUCAUCUCUGCCCUGUGAGCAAGUGGAGCACACAACGGCAUACAAGUCGCUAAUCACGGAAUUUGAUUUGAUUUGCUCGCGUCGCGUUCUGGUGGCUGUGACGCAAUCCUUUCAUGCUUUGGGUGCGCUCAUCGGUGGUCUAAUGGCCCACACGGCUCUCAAACGAAUCAGCCCGCGUCGCCUCAUGCUGUUGGGCAUGCUCGGACAGAUCUUCUGUGGGAAUCUUACGGGCCUGGUGGACACCUACCAGUUGCACAUUUACUUUCGCUGUCUUACGUCCGUAUUCUGCGCCCUCAUGUACACAUCCGGGCAGUUCAUAUUAAACGACAUUACCACGGGACAGGCGCGCAUCAUAGUCAUCACAUUGUCGGAGCUAUUCUGGUCCAUUGGACUUGUUCUACUGCCCGGCAUAUCCAUUUAUUUCGAUGACUGGAGCUACCUGUACGUGGCCAUAUCCUCGUCCCUCAUCGUACUUGUCUGGCUGCAUCGCUGGAUUGCCGAUGCUCCCCGCUGGCUGUUGCGACACCAGCGCGUUGAGGCGGCACUGCGACAGCUCCUGGAGUCGGCCACCUACAACAAUCGAAAGGUGCCGCUCACCCUGGAUGUUCAGCUGACGGCAUAUGCCAAGGAUCUGCAACUGUUGGCCGAACAGAAGCGCAGCUACUGUCGCAUCUGGGAUGGAGAGACGAAGCACAGCCAACUGAUCUACAUUCAUUGGAUCUGGGGCUGUGCCAUGGUCCUGUACAACAUCACACUCCUGAUGAUACGUAACCUGGGAGCAGCUCAGGUUCAUGUGAAUACAGCGGCCCUGGGAUUCGCCGAAAUGGUGGGCGUCUUUGUGGGUCUCUACAUGAUUCUCUAUACGCGUCGCCAUUGGCGCUGGGCGGGCAAUCUAAUGAUUGCUGCAGGCCUGAGCACCUACCUCGUCUGGCUGCUGCCUGAAACUGAACGAAACUCCCGACGCGUGGGACUGGAGCUCAUCUUCUGGCUGAUAUUGAAGCUGGCCAACUCCGCCUCGAUAGCCGUACUGACCACCUGCACGGGGGAAAUGGUUGCCAAUGAGAACCGAGUCCUGCUGAUGCUUUCGGUGGUGACGUUUAGUCGCUUGUGCCUGGUAUUUUGCCCCUUCCUGAGCACCUUGACUGUGAUACAUCCAUUGGUGCCCAUCACCAUCAUUGCCACCGUUGGCUGGGUCUAUGGCCUGGCCCUCAGACGCCUCAACCGUUACUACUGGAACACGGAACAGCCGCACAUCAGUCAGGUGCCCACGCCCAACACCUAUCGCCGUCACUCGCAGAUGAUACUGCGCCGCUGUAGCUCCGCCAGUACGGAAGUCAGUGGCUUUAGCAACGAACUGUUGAGCAACUUUGAACGAGAUAUGGCUGUGAGCAUAGCCGAUAUCUGGCAUAUCAAUUUCUAUCCCAACCAUGAGCGUGAUAGCUCCGCGGAGAUAGAAUUGCAGAAGAGAUCCGAAGAUGCUGUAAAAUCGCGCAGUUUGGAAACCAUUUGAGAAGAUUUUCGCUGGAGCCUAUAAGUAGGCUUUGGAAAAGAAACAUUUUAGAAUUAGGUUGGAUGUGAUCCACAAUAAAUUAUGCCAACCUUGAUACUAUACUAGAAAUUACCUUAAAAGUCGAAUGCAAAAAUGGAGGACUUUGCUUUAAAUUAUUUUGUUCCAAUAAAAACAUUAAUAGGAAUUUAAUCCCAUCUAAAA